AGGUCGAAGACGAUCUAUUUUAUGGAAGUACUUUGAAAUAUUGGACAAACGUGCCUGCCGUGCAAAAUGCGGACUAUGCGGUCAAAAGUUGAGCUACAAAUCUACUAUAAGCAACUUGAAGAGCCAUUUGUCCAGGAGACAUCCUACAAGUUACUGAAGGAAGCAUUUUCGGAAAAUGAUGAUGAUUGUGCUGUUGUCGUUUGGGCUUAAACGUUAAAAUUGAUCCCUGUCACAAAAUUCUAAAAUAACGAGAACAUUUUUUAUGUGAAGGAAAAUAUCUCAAUGCAGAUUCGACGAGUAUGUCAAUUCCAUAAGGAAAAGAUAGUUGGGAAAUUUU